AUCCCAAGUGGACAACCGACGAACCCACACAAACUAAAAAUAAACACUUCUCUUCUCUUCUCUCUUUCCUAAUCCACAUAUACAUACUUGCAUUUUUAUAUAUAAACACUCUGUCCUUAUAUAGUUAUGUUAAAUAUCUCAUUAAUACAUCCUCACGAAGAAACCCAUUUUGUUUUCUUAUAUAGAGAAAUAGAGAGAGAGAAUACUAAAAGGAGAAAAGAGAAAUAGCUAGAGAGAAGAAGCUUUGCUUUUAAAAUGCCAACGUCGAUACAUUUUCAGAGAUCUUCCACCACCGCGGAAGCAACCAACGCCGCCGUAAGCAACUAUCACAACCACCACAAACAGGUUCAAAAAGUGAGUCUCACGCGCGGGAUGGCUGAUGUCCCGGAGCACGUGGAGCUUUCCCACACGCACGUGGUUGGUCCUUCUCAGUGCUUCUCCGUCGUGGUGCAAGACGUUGAGGCUCCUGCCUCCGCGGUCUGGUCGAUCUUGAGCCGCUUCGAAGACCCUCAAGCGUACAAACACUUCGUGAGAAGCUGCCGCGUGGCUUUCGGAGACGGCCGAGAGGUUGGGUCAGUGAGAGAGGUGCGAGUCGUCUCUGGUCUCCCCGCGGCGUUCAGCUUAGAGCGGCUUGAGAUCAUGGACGACGAUCGCCACGUCAUCAGUUUCAGCGUCGUCGGUGGGGACCACAGGCUUUUCAACUACAGGUCGGUGACGACGGUGCACGAGUCGGACUCCGAUGGCAAGAAAAGGACACGUGUUGUUGAGUCAUACGUCGUUGACGUACCGGUGGGUAACGAUAAGGAAGAGACUUGUAGCUUCGCUGAUACAAUUGUACGGUGCAACUUGCAGUCGCUGGCUAAACUCGCCGAGAACACGUCUAAACGCUCGUAAAUUUUACAUUUUCAUUUUUUACUUUGUUGAUUUAUUUUCUACAACUUUCAAAAUUUAUCUUCUUCUAUUUUUGAGAUUCUCGAGGUUGGGUUUGGGUUCAAAGAUUUUAAGUAUUUAUCUCUAUCGUCGGGGAUUUUUCGAAACUACAAAAGAAAAGAAAAGAAAAAAACAAGAAGAAGAUGGUUUUGGUUUUUCGAAGUUAGGGUUUUAGGGUUUGUUGGAUUGGUGUUACGAUAAUAUACUUUAGUUUUUACCCUUAAAACCAUUUCUUCUUGCAACUCUUUUGUACAGUCUCUCCCUCGUAGCUCUAAAAUUUUAAUAAAACAAACUUUGAUUGUUUAGUUUUUUUUUUGUUCUUUUCCUCUUGUUGCCCGGUUACUUUACAUUUGUAUCUUUGCUUAAAUCAUGAAAUGAUAUAGUGGUUUCAGCCAAAUGAUCAGUAUUAUUGCUUCCUUA